AUGGAUUUGUUCUUGAACUCAGAUUCUCAAGUGGAAUUAUUAGCGAUACUUAUUAGUUCAAAAAGAAACAUUAGUCUUCGUUUAAAAUCAGUUAGUUAUGAUUGUUUUGAGGGAAAAUUAUCACCACCAAUUGGACAAUUUAUUUCACUUCAAGAUCUUUAUAUUAAAGAUUGUUACGGAUUGCAUGAAUCGGGAAGUUUAAUCUUGACUUCUCCCGAACAAGGAAUAACGAUAUUUAAUAAUAAUUUUAAUGAAUUAAGAAGAUUUUCAUUUGAUUGUGGCAAAGGAUUGGACGCUAAUGAAUUAUUAUGUACGAUUUCCGAGAAUGGUGGUGUCGUAAAGGAGGAGGAAAUAAGAAACUUAGCUGGUUUGCGUAUAGAACGCAUGAGACAAGCAUCACGAUUAUUACCAUUUAAAUCAGAAACAAUAACAUUUGCGGUGGAACCUCGAUAUCAACAUAAUAGUUUAUUAGUAGGAAAUAAUUUAUUUUUAUUAGGAGGGUUAUCAGAAACAAGUGGAACAGAAAAAGAAAUGUUUUUUAUUGAUUUAACUAAAUCUUUUAAAGCCAAUAAUCCGCCGUGGGAAGAUAUAACAUCAUAUUCACCUAUUCCAAUUGAUUUUUAUCAUGGAACCUCGAUAUCAGUUAAUGCUUCUACAAUUUAUAUAUUUGGAGGAGAAGGAAAUAAUAAGAAUAAUAGUAAUUUCGUGUACCGUUUUUCUAUCGAAUCUGAAGGUCAGACAGUUUCUUGGAAUGAUCAGCUAGAAACUACUGGAACUCUACCGUCAACUAAUCGAUAUGGAAUUUCAUCAGCAUUUGACCCAAGUACAGGGGAUAUUUAUAUAUUUGGAGGAAAAUCAAUUGAUGAAAAAGAAAAUCCAAUAUUUCAUAAUGAUUUAUUUAAAUUUAAUUAUAAUCAACUUACUUGGGAAAUAAUGUCUAAUGAUAGUUCACCUACUAAAAGAUAUGAUUAUACAUCAACAAUGGUUCGAGGGUAUAUAUUCUAUAUUGGUGGAAUUGAACAAGACGACAAAAAUUCAACUAGAUUUGUUGAUAUUAAUAAGGUUUACAUUUAUAAUACUAAUGAUGAUACUUGGGGUGAUUAUCUGACUUCCGGAGAUAAAAUUGGAAAUCGAACUGGUCAUUCUGCUUCAGCGACAUCAGAUGAUAAUAUUAUUAUUUAUGGUGGAUCAGAGUCAAUUGACUCUUUAACUGCAGUUCAACCACUUCUUGCAGUGUUGGAUGUAGUAAAUCUUAAAUGGUCAGCACCUAGUGUUAUAAUAUCAAAUGGUAUGGGAGAAGAUCUUCCAGCAUUAGCGUAUCAUUCAGCUGUGAUUCGUGGAGAUUAUAUGAUUAUAAGUUAUGGAGCUAUUGGAAUUUGGUAUUAUUAUCGCAAGAAGAAAAAAUCAGAUGAUAAUGAUACUCUAUCUAAAGAUUCAUCUUCUGAUAAUAAUGUUCGUCGUAAUUAUAAUGACACUAAUACUAUGUCGAUUCUUUCUGACAAAUCAACUUUAUCAACAAAAUCAAGAACAAUUGAUUAUGAUGAAUCAACAAUUGUUGCAAGAACGACAACAAUUGCUGUAGACAAAGGAGAUGCUCAUGAAGUUUCUGUUCAAAAUCAAGAUCAAACCGAUUAUUCUUAUCAACCACAACAAUACAUUUCUGGAUCUGAAUCGCAAACUGAUCAAACUCCUUCCCCUAAUAAUCCUAAUCAAAUUUAUCACCCGAUUCCUAAUAUUCCUAUUCCUAAUCUAUCUUAUCCUUCACAACAAUACAUUUCUGGAUCUGGUUCUCAAAUCGAUCAACCUCCUUCCCCUACAACUCUUAAUCCUAAUAAUCCUAAUCAAAUUUAUCCCCCUAUUUCUAAUAUUCCUAAUCUAUCUUAUACUCCAUCCCCUACACCUCAUAUUAAUCUAACUUACAAUCCUACAAUUCCUAAUCCUAAUGUAUCUUAUACCCCUAGAAAUACUAAUCCUGUUAUAACUUACAAUUAUGCCGCUGUUCCUAUUCAACAUAUACCAAAUGUUUCGGAUAUGACUCAAGAUCCAUCUCAGGAUUCAUCUCGAGGUACACCUUUGAUUCCUCAAGAUUCAACUAAUAACUCAUCCAAUACUUCACCCAAUAUUUUAUUAUCUCAACCAUUUAAUCCUGAUAAUAAUCCUGGAAGCAAUCCUGAAAGCAAUCCCGAAAGCAAUCCUGAUAUUGAUUUCAAUAAUUAG